CAGAUCCCCAUCCUCCCAGCAUGCAUCGCGGCAUCGUGUGUGGCGGCGCUUUCCCGCUGGCCAUCAGCGUGCUCCUUGUGCUGCUGCUGGCGGCGGCGGCUGGAAGCGCGGCGCAGGAUCUCAUGCCCGAGGAAGCGCAACUUCCGGGACGUGCGACGAACGAUACCAGCCCAUCUCAGGCAGCCACUGAAGGUGGGAGGGGUCGGGAGGGGAGGGGCGAAUGAAUGGAUCUGUAGAUCUAUCUGUCCGUGUGUGUCACUGACAGGCGCUCCAUCGUCCCGUGCAGCAGCUGGUCUCCGUGGGCUUCAGUAUCCGAGCCGGCCUGUGCAGAUCCCGGUGCCGCCAGCACGUGGCAGCUCACAGGCGUGCAACCACCUCUCGUAUCAAUGCCUCGGUGUGGUCAAUGCUUAUGGCCAGGGAGCGGGGUGCGCCGUGCAGGUCAACUCAAACAGCCUAUCGCAGACACUGCCGUGGUGAGAGAGAUGGCCUGGCGGCAGAAUUAUUGGCACUUGAACGAAGUCAGGGGAUCUUCUGUGUCACUCACAGUGUGUGUGUGGGGUCGUGUGUGUCAGGUGUUAUGCGUCGUGCGCGUGCCCGUACGCCGCGAGCAGUCUGCUGAUGGUGAAUCAGUGCUACGUCUUCAACUGCUGCCCGCGGCUCGGCCAGCGGGGAAACAUGCUGCUCUCGCCACCAUAACCAUUGCAGACAGACAAACAGACAGACAGAGGAUGCCGAGAGAGCGAUGCGACUCCUUUUUCGUCUGCGUGAGCUGAGUGGAAAUCAAGGCUGUUUAUCGGCCGGUGUCAUCCGCUGUGCACUGGGCUUCUGUGCUCCGUUGUGUGUGUGUGUGAGAGUGUGUGUGUGUGACCGAUCGGUCAAGCUGCGUGUUUCGUUUCGUUCUUUUUGUCGCGCCGUGUGAGAGCGUCGGCGCUUUGCUCUCUCUGGGCGUGUGUGUGAGGGGGUGGAAGAGACGGUCACGUACACAACGGUGUAUGUGUGUAUUGUAUGUGGGCUGGCAGAACCGUCUCGUGACGGAUCAUUGGACACUCAUGAGGUGAUGGGCGAAGUUGUUGGCGAGCUGCAUUGGAUUGAUGGUAUCAAUCAUCCUUCCUCG